AUGUGCUGGAUGAUUUGGUGUCACGCAGACUGCGUCGUGGCGGAUGCAGUCAGUAGUGGUGGCUGGGUUGCCGCCGCGGGAGGACCACAAGCGCCUCCGCUGCCGCUCGGCGGUGGCGGGGGAUUUCUCCAGGAGCAAGCAAGAGAUAGUGGAGAAGGGCCACGGCAGCUGCUGGAAGGUGGCUGGGCCAGCAGUUCGGGAGCGAACCCUGUCGGACCAGCCGGAGUGUGCCCGGGCAUAGGACCAGACUACGAGGAAGCGAGGGGGGUAAACCCCCCAGAGUACCAACAAGCGAAGUUCCUGUGGGAGACAGCAACGGCGCUGGAUAGGGCCGAGAUCGUCAGAAUCGUGAGCACGGUGCACGCGAGCCUUCCGGAGGGGAGAACCGCCUCGAAGGCAACGGCGCUGGAUAGGGCCGAGAUCGUCAGAAUCGUGAGCACGGUGCACGCGAGCCUUCCGGAGGGGAGAACCGCCUCGAAGGGUCAGCGGAGGGCGGAGCACGCUCUCCUCGCGAGCGACCGUAGCGGUGGGGGCCGCGGCAACGGCGGCCGCCGCAUGGGUGGCGGCGGCGGCGGCGGCGGCAACCAGAAGGGGAUAGGGGGUGGCGCGAAGGCUGGUGGCAGCAGCGGAGGCGGCGACGACGAUGCGGGUAGCAUGCGCGGUCGCUGCUUCCGGUGCGGCAAGAAGAGCCACCAGGUGGCCAACUGCCCCGAGAGCAAGCCCGUGCGAUGCGAGAUAUGCAAGGGCUACGGGCACGACAAGAGCAAGUGCCCGACCGAGGAGGCGGUGCUCGUGGUGGAAGUGCCGGCAGAGGGGGCGUCUGCGGACACCACAGCACUGGACGUGGCAGAAGACGCGAUGGUGGUCGGUAACAUCUCAGUCGCGUGUCACAAAGUCGUUGGUCGAGGGGGUGUAGAGUAGGCUAGGCGGGGUAGGUAUGUUGCCGAUACCGGCGCUACCACCCACAUGUUCGCGAACUCAGAUGGGUUCGUUCGUUACGAAGAGUGUGAUCGACGUGUGCGCGUCGCCGCCGGAGAAACCUUCCCUAUCGUAGGGUAUGGCGACGUGACGGUAACCCUUAGCUCGCGCGACGGUACAACCGACCUGUUGUUGAAACGGGUUGCACACGUCCCCCGACUAGACUACAACCUAGUAUCUCUCACUUCCCUCUUCGACGAUGGGUUCGAAACCAAAACCCUCAAUAAACACGAGUUGGAGUUGGAGAGAGGGGGGGGGGGAGUUGGCCUACACUCUCAUUGUCAAGGAUGAUUACACAAGGUGGAACCGUGUCUAUUUCCUGGAGCACAAAUCAGACGCAGCUGAGGCAUUCGAGAGGUACCUUGCAGAAAACCGGGCAGACGGUGCUCCGUUCGAUGUCAUGGCCGUGAGGUCCGACAAUGGAGGAGAGUUUUUUUAGGGAGAGUUCGGCAAGGUGUGCCGGAAGUACUGCAUCAAUAGGAGUUCACCCCCGCACACAGCCCAGAAUACAACGGUGUAGCUGAGAGAGCACUGGGUCUGAUCAAGGAUGCAGCACUAGCCGCCCGUAUCCAAGCGCCAACUCUUUACCCCGGAGCACCGAACUACCCAUCCCUUUGGGCCGAGGCCAUAGCUUGGUCAU